AUAAAAACUCUUGUGGAUUGCCCAUUCCUGCUCCACAGGAUUCAAUCCAUGAAGGCUGGAUCUGAUCCGUUUGGUGGAAAGUCUAGCUUUGGACAGAGGCUUCUGGAAGGCUUACAGUGCAUCUGUUUUGCGCCUGAUUCGGCACCGGAGUGUCAGGUGGGAUGGAGAGUUGAGCAAUUUUGGGAUUUGCAGUCAAGCAAGCACUAAGGAAUUGGAGCUUGGAUUUGUAGCGCGUGAAGCACAGACAGGAUUGUCCAGUCUUCUGUAUGGACGUGUUCGGAUUUUCAAAGAUGGCUAAACUGUCAGGCCAUAAGAAUAAAUCCACUGGCUGGCCUCCGCCCUCGGGCAGCUGGUCUGGACUGCAAGGAGCUACAUCGUAUGAAUGGGACGCAACCUCUGCACGUGACACCAGGGACUGCUUCAUCAAUCAAGCAUCUCAGAGCGGUUCUCUGGAGGAGAUGCGUGUGGAGGGCGUUCAGCUUCUUCCUCCCGCUCCUCGUCGAGUCGAGAUGAGGAGAGAUCCCGUUCUGGGCUUCGGCUUUGUAGCUGGUAGUGAAAAACCUGUAGUGGUGCGCUCUGUCACGCCAGGAGGCCCAUCUGAAGGAAAGUUGAUUCCAGGAGAUGAGAUAAUAAUGAUCAAUGAAGAAGAAGUGGCCACCGUACCAAGAGAACGAGUCAUUGACCUUGUCAGGAGCUGUAAAGAAUCAAUCCUCUUGACUGUUGUUCAGCCAUAUCCAUCUCCCAAAUCAGCCUUUAUCAGCGCAGCCAAAAAAGCCAAGCUGAAAUCAAACCCAGUGAAGGUGCGCUUUGCUGAGGAAGUCAUCAUAAACGGGCAGCUUCCGGACACUGUGAAGGACAACGCUCUGCUCUUCAUGCCAAAUGUCUUGAAGGUGUACUUGGAGAACGGACAGACCAAGUCUUUUCGCUUCGACAACAGCACAUCCAUCAAGGAUGUCAUCAUGACGCUGCAAGAGAAGCUGUCUAUCAAGUGCAUCGAGCAUUUCUCGCUCAUGCUGGAACAGAGGGCCGAGGACUUGGGCAGCAGACUGCUGCUUCUGCAUGAACAGGAGAUGUUAACUCUGGUUACGCAGAGGCCAGGAUCACACAAAAUGAAAUGCUUUUUCAGAAUCAGCUUCGUUCCAAAGGAUCCAGUCGAUCUUCUCAGAAGGGAUGGAGUGGCUUUUGAAUAUCUCUAUGUCCAGAGCUGUAAUGACGUGGUCCGGGAGCGCUUUGGCCCUGAACUGAAGUAUGACGCCGCUCUUCGUCUCGCUGCUCUGCAGAUGUACAUCCUCAGUCUCACCACACGGCCGACACAGAAGUUCUCAAUGAAGUACAUCCAGAAGCAGUGGGGUUUGGCACAUUUCCUACCCCCCUCGGUGUUCUCCAGCAUGAAGGAGAAAAACAUCAAAAAAGCUCUGACUCACAUCCUGAAAACCAAUCAGAAUCUAGUAGCCCCUGGGAAGAAGUUAACCAUAUUGCAAGCAAAGGUUCACUAUUUGAAGUAUCUCAGUGAUUUGAGAUUGUAUGGAGGACGAGUGUUUAAAUCUCUUCUACUGCAAGGGGAUAAGGAAACAGGUGUUACAUUACUUGUAGGACCGAGGUAUGGUAUCAGUCAUGUUAUCAAUGUCAGGACAAAUCUAGUGGCCCUGCUGGCAGACUUCAGCCAUGUUAAUCGCAUUGAGAUACUCACAGAGGAUGAGGUCAAUGUGCGGGUAGAGCUACAUGUUUUGGACGUCAAGCCUAUCACGUUAAUAAUGGAGUCCAGUGAUGCCAUGAACCUGGCUUGCCUAACAGCUGGAUACUAUCGUCUUCUAGUGGACUCACGUCGCUCCAUUUUCAAUAUGGCCCACAGCAACAGCAGCGGAGAAAUAGACAGUGGCCAGGAUGCUAGAGAACUUGAGUGGCCGUACAGUACCUCUUUGGGUAUCUGUGAAGAUCUCAACAAUCAAGAGAGCAUAUCUUCUUAUCAGCCCGAAGCAGAUUACCCACAGGAAAAAGCAAGAGAGGACAGCAUAAGCUCUCCUUAUCUUCCAGAGCCCCUGCCACCCCCUUAUCCAGGCCUCAGUGAAGAGAGGUCACAACUAAGAAGCAAAAGCCCCCAACUUCCACCUCUUCCACCUGUAAGGCAUCAACCCCAGGACUCUCCCAGGAGUGCUAAGGUGUCCUUUAUAUUCAGAGAUCCACUUUUACAUGCUGUAAACCCUCGGAACCUGGGUUAUCAGCGCCUCAUGGAUGAGAGUCCUGAGUUGCUUGAACGGCCUGAUUUCAUUUCCAGCAGUGAUGUGGGCUUUGGCACUCCAGAUGGUGCAACGUUUCAGAUUAGGCCUCAUGUAGUUUAUAGCAACAUUGGUGAGGGGAAAAUCUUUGACAAUGCUGAAGGUAUCGAAGAACCUCUCUUACGUGAUUUAUGCUAUGCUGAGACCACGGAUGAUGUGGAGGAUGAGGAUGAAGCUAGCUGUGAAGAGGACACACCUGCAAUACCUGGAGAGGGUGAAGUCGGGCUGCCAACAAGCAAGAUAACUUUUCUCACCCUUUCUGGUUCCAGCGACGAUAUCAUAGAUUUAACCGCCCUUCCACCUCCAGAGGGAGAUGAUGAUGAGGAUGAAAAUGAUGCAAUUCUUCUUUCCCUCAACAUGGCCAUUGCUGCACCUCCGCCUGGUUUCAGGGACAGUUCAGAUGAGGAAGGAGCAGAGAGCAAAAGCCGUCUACAAAGUUGCUGUGACAAUGACAGCAUUCCUGUGUCGCUGAUUGAUGCUGUCCCAACGCAUGGUGAGGGCAAUAGUGUCAGAAUAUUGGAUCAUGCUGUUGUGGAUACACUGCAAGCACUAGAAGCACUUGCUGUAUCUGAGGAAACCACACAGUCUCAGUCUAACAGCGUUGCAGGAACUGGCAUAUCACGAGCUUUUAGUCCGGAGUCCUCAUCAGAUUCAGGAAAUGAGACCAACUCCUCAGAGAUGACCGAGAGCUCAGAACAAACUGCAGGCCACAGGCUGUCUGAGAAUGCGAUGCGUCUUCUUGUGGCCACCACAGAGGGCUACCAACCCCUUCAGGAGGAAAAGACAGAAUUCCCUGUCUCCCCUUGUGCCAGAGGGUCUAUUCCUAAGCCACCACGUAGUCCCUCAAGACGCAAAGACUUGGCGGUUCAGUCUACAGCAGUGCCUUCAAAGCAUAAUCUACCGUCUUCUGAUAAUCCAGAGACAGAGCCUGAGGCAAAGACAGAGAAGUCCCUGGGUAAAUACCUGGUCAAGUCUCACUCAAGCACUCUUUUGAAUACUGGAAAGCGAUUGAAAGCAAUAGCGACUGAGGGAAGACGAAUAAAAAAAAAUAAAGAUGCACCAGGCAAGUAUAACACCUUCAGUGGAAGAGAAAGUAAUAGAAGAAGACAACUGGUUGUGAAAGAAUUCUGUGAAAGAUUUCAAGGACUACAGUCCCCAAUAGAAAAUGAGCCUACAGGGAGUCAGGUUGCAGAAUCUCUUGGUUCAAGAGAGGAGCUAACUGGCAGUAAUUGUAGUCUCCCAACAAAGAACCUUCAGGAUACUGAACAGACUGAAAUCUAUAAGGAUGAUCAACAGAUCCUUCCACCAUUACGACAAGGAGUGGCACGACUGUGUGAGUACCACCUAGCCAAGCGGAUUUCUUCUUUGCAAAAUGAAGCUCGGAUUUCCCUUCAGAGUUCCCAGUCCUCGUCUCUGGAUGUUGGUGGCAGUACAGGAAGUAGUGCUUCUGCAACACCAGUGGACUCCCCAUUUUGUGCCACUGACUGCAAGAGCUCUUUCUCUGGAUCCUCCUCCUCCCUACUCCUCACAUCAAGGGACCUUCACCCUCAUGCAGAUGCUGCUCUCCUGAGGAAGAUGCUGCCAAAUGUACAUCCUCCGGGAUCCAAUCCAUCCCUCAGUGCCCGACCAUCCAAAAUCAAGGAAACCACAGGUACAGCUCGAAGGAGCAACCUUCUAAGUGAUCUGCAUGCAAAACGUGGCAGUGUAAGAAGUAUUAACACAAAGGAGGGGAGUGAGUCUUAUAGGCAGUUGAUAAACUAUCUAACAGUUAGCCAGAUGCAUCAGGGGGCAGGACUAGGGGGAUGCAAAAAGGACAGCAGAAGGCAUAUCACAAACUCUUCACUCUUUUUAGACACCAUUAAAGGUAAAGGGAACAUUAAUAUCAAAUGUCCCUGCAUGCCACCUUCUCCCUCGCUCCUUCUCAACUCAGACCCCAGUGCAGCUUCUCAAAGAGUCCCCAAAAUAUACCACUCAACCACUUUGCCUACUAAAUUGAAGAGGAGUCCUGAUUUGCAUGCUCAGAGACCUGUCAACAACCUUGAAGUAAGGCCUAAUCAUUCUGAAAGAAGAAGGUCAUUUUCUGGCCUCAAGUGUGAGUUAGAGCAAAGUUUUAGCCUUGAUCAGGUCCCGUCUUUAAAUAGGAACCACAGUGAAGGGAUACCGCAUGCAAGCACAGAAGACUUGCUAAUGUCUGACUGCAAGAUGACACAUGCUGUCCAACAGACGCUUAAUGAUUCUUUUUGUCUCUCUAGUGUAGCUUGCAAAGAAGACCGCAGAAUGCUGUUGAGAGGAGAAGGAGACUCACCUGCUAGUUUACCAAGGCACGUCAAAACUUGUGCCGUCCCUCUACCACCUCCACCACCACCACCACCACCACUAUCUCUUCCACCACCACCACCAUUAACUCCUCCCCUGCAAUCAAGUCUGUCAAAGAGCAUCAGUUACAGUGGGCCAACACAAGAGUCAGUUGUCCCUCUUAGACAGAACCAUGUAACUUCUCAAGGGUUAAAUCAGUGUGACACCAAUAGUCUAAAUCAUGGCAGAGAAAUAAGAAGAAAUACCAGUAUUAUAACUACUGACUCUGAAAGUAUUGAUGCACUGAUUGAGAAAUCAAGAGCACUAUCACUGGGUAGAUUUCAGCAAGAUCAUUUGCAAGCAACUGAGCCACAACUACAAAUAAGGCCUUCCAAGAAGAAGCUGUCAAAAAGCUACUCCCAAGGUUCAGUGGCAUCCCAGACCAUGGGUUGGUCUGUGAGCAACAGGGACAGCAGAACAGAUGGAGUCAUUUUUCCAGUACAAAAGGAUACAAAGCAGAUGAGAUCCAUGCAGAAGCUGGAUAUAAAUCCCUGGACAUGCAAUGGUCCAUUCAGUUACUGUUUCUUCAAAAAGAAAAACCAGACAGUGGAGGAUGAAGGUGACAUAGGGGAUGGUUUUAGAAGGCAGCUUUGUGGCUUGGAUGAAGCAGGACCUUCCCAAUACAACAUCAGCCCUGUUCUAGACACAACAGGAGAGCAGCUGUAUGCAGAAGUUUUAAACAAUAUGACCUUUGGGGACAGACUGGUUCGCAUUAAUGCCCUGAAAGACCACACGUAUGUGUACCCCGCUGUUUUUUCUGAUGUUCGAAGAGAUGUUAGUGAGCUGAUUGCUGUGGUGCGUUCUAGCGUGGGUAGAAGUGACAGAGGAACCCCACCCAUGCAGAUAGAGGAGCUGGCACAGUACAAGCACCUGCUAGCAAUUGAAUCUAAAGCACUUGGUCAGUCAUGCCGCAGGAUGGCCCAAGCACAUGGAAGCCCAGAGGAGAUGCUGCUAGCAGUCAGUUCCAGUUUUCAGGUGCUUUGCUGCUUAUCUGAGAUCUGUAUGUGCUUGGUUCGUGGCUUAGGUGCUUCAGCAAGCCAGCAGCAGCGUGAGGUUGUGGCUAAGGUUGAUGAGGUGGUGAUGAACUACAUGUGCUUGCUCCGGGCAGCUGAGGGAGCCUCAGGUAGUGCUCCUGGGGACCAAAGUGUUAAAACACUUGAUCGCCAUUCUAGCACCAUGUCAGCAAUCAUCAACACUCUCACCCGCUCUCUGAAAACACUGCUCAACAAGUAGGCCUCUUCUGUCACUGAGUCAACCUUUUAUUUGCAAAGCCAUAAAUGGACAUCUGGGUUGAAUAAACCCCAAAGUAAUCUACUGUAACGAAAUACUCCUGUGGUGUGCAUAUUUAUUUUUUAUGUUAGAAUGUAUAUACAAACAAAUUAUAGAACUUUUUAAAAGAGCUUUAAACUGACUGUUCAUGUAUCCUAAAUAUCUUAUAAUGCUGUAAUGUCCCAUAUUGCAGUUGAAACCUAGGGGAUCCAAGUAGAUGAUUUUGCUAAAGAGUCAACUGGCUUCAUAUCGCAAAUAACUAAAUUGCUGUUUUUUUUCAUUAAUUUAAUUUCAUUUUAUUUACUAUUUGACCAAAAUAAAUAAUGUGAUUAACAACAUAUUGAAAUGUACAGCAAAUACAGUAUGUACUUAUAUAAUGAUUUGCUGUUUUCAAAAAUAUAAUGACUAAUAGGUAUUUUGAUUGUUUACUUUGUAUUUUCUGACAUGAUGCUUUAGUCAUUAGCCAAUAUAAUUGAAAAUUAUACACAUAAUCAU